AUGCAUUCUCCAUACGUCAUCAAGAUAUCACGUCACCACCAUCGUAUCUCCUACGUUUCUUCUCUUCUAUCUGGAAAAUGGCUUUGUGGAGUUUGUCGUCAAAACAUUGACUGUGGUUACGGUGCAUACACUUGUGACAAGUGUGGUGAUUAUGCUGUUCACUCAAGAUGUGCUCUAAGGAAAGGUGUGUGGGAUGGAGAAGAGCUCAAAGGUGUACCAGAAAAGGACGAUAUAACACAAGACGCACCACCGUUCGAUAUGAUAUCCGAAGGAGUGAUGCAUCAUUUUCUUCAUGACCAUCACCUUCGGCUCGAUGACAACAUACUUUACGACGAAAACAAGCUUUGUCAAGCGUGUGUCUUGCCUAUCUUUGAAGGUAAUUCAUAUUCUUGUAUGGAAUGUGAAUUCAUCCUUCAUGAAACAUGCGUAAAAUCUCGCCGCAGAAUACAACAUGCGUUACAUCCUCAUCCACUUACAUUGGCGGAUAAGUCGGAUGACAUAUCUGAAUAUGGCUUCUUUCAAUGCAAUGCUUGUAAGCGCUUUUGUGGUGGUUUUGUCUAUAAGUGUCCAAUGAAGGAAUGCGAGUUUGAUUUAGAUGUACGAUGUGCUUCAGUUUCGGAGCCGUUUGAUUAUCAAGGUCACGAACAUCCCUUGUUCUUAUCUUUGGACCCAAAACAGAAGCCAAUAUGUGAGGCAAGGUAUAAGCACGACGACAAACACUUUCUCACAGUUUCAUGGGGAAAAGAGGUUUGUGAGAAAUAUUGGUGCGAGGAGUGCGAA